UAUACUAGGUGGUGUUCAAGGUUGUACCAGAAUCAUUGCCUUUAGAUACACUGAUUUACAGCAUGCCACAACAAAAUUCAGAGAUAAAUUGGGGGCAGGCAGUUUUGGUUCUAUAUUCAAGGGGGUUUUAAAUGACUCGGUAGCUAUACCAGUGAAAAGGCUUGACGGUGCUUAUCAAGGAGAGAAGCAAUUCAGAGCUGAAGUGAGCUCGAUUGGAGCUGUCCAGCACAUCAAUUUAGUUAAGCUUGUCGGUUUCUGUUGUGAGGGUUCCAAUAGGUUGCUUGUUUAUGAAUACAUGUCCAAUAGCUCUCUUGAUGUCCAUUUAUUUUGAAACAAUCCGAUGAUAUUGAGGUGGACUACUAGAUAUCAGAUAGCCCUGGGGGUUGCUCGAGGUUUAGCCUACUUGCAUGACAGAUGUCGGGACUGCAUCAUACACUGCGAUAUUAAGCCAGAAAACAUACUUCUUGAUGAUUCUUUCAUUCCCAAAGUUGCAGACUUUGGGAUGGCAAAGCUUUUGGGAAGGGAAUUCAGCCGAGUACUGACUACAAUGAGAGGAACUGCAGGGUACCUUGCACCUGAAUGGAUCAGUGGUGUUGCUGUUACACCAAAAGUCGAUGUGUAUAGCUAUGGGAUGAUGUUGCUGGAAAUUAUAUCUGGAAAAAGGAACUCAAGUGCAUCAUGUUCUAGUGGUGGCGAGCUUGAUGUUUAUUUCCCUGUUCAUGCCGCACACAAGCUUCUUGAAGGAGACGUUGGGAGUUUGGUCGAUCAAAGGCUAUGUGGUGACGUCAAUCUGGAUGAGGCUGAACUAGCUUGCAAGGCUGCAUGUUGGUGCAUCCAAGACCAUGAGCUUGAUCGACCAACGAUGGGACAGGUAGUUCAGAUUCUCGAAGGGCUGGUUGAGAUCAGGAUUCCCCCGGUGCCAAGUGUGCUCGAAGCUAUGGCUGAAAGUUCGCAUUCCAUGUGAUCCUAAUCCUUUUGUUUAAGGGAAUCUAGAUGGAUUGCACGGAUAUGUUAUGAUACAGAUGUUUAUAUUUGAAACUACAGAUAAACUGUCCCCUCCUACAUGAGGGACUUGCUCGAUUAUGAUUGUAAGAAUGAUGUUUGAAUUAUAUAGAUAGGUUUGAAACUAUAGAUAUAUUUACUAUACAAAUGUAGUGCCUAUGAUUGGAGAUGCAGCUGUACUCCAUAUUAUAAAGUUGUAAUGGUUUGUAUGUGCUACCACACUUUCAUUGUUUGGAUCCAUGUUGCGCCAUUAUCUUAUAUUCCUUUGUAAAGAAAUAUAAGAGCAUUUAUAGAUCACUAAAGUACUGAUGUAAACACUCUUAUAUUUCUUGAUGGAGGGAGUAUUUUUUUCUCCGCUAAGAACGGCAACACCAAUUUCGUAGUUUCAUCCUCGCUCGGUGUCCGUGAUACUACACUGCAGCGAA